GAUUUCGCCUCUAACUUUGCAGCUGCUGCCAAGAAAUUCGCUGACGGCGGUCUUUCUAUGGAUGUCAAGCUCCUAACUGCUGAUGCAGCCUACCCUCCUGAGGCACCGAAAAUCAAGAUAAACUAUCGUGAAAACCUCGAUGAUGAUGAGGAUGAUGAUGACCAGGACUUCCAAUAA